AUGUCAUCACGUAUCGCCUCAUCGCCCCCGUUGGCUGUGCCACCAUUUCAUCCGGCUCUCUACACAGUGAAUCGUAAAUGGUCCCACAAUGGCAAACUGACAAUUCCGGAUCUUGUACCGUCAGCAGCAUCUCGCAACGACGAACAGGAAACCGAUAUUGACGGUGAAGAAUGGGAUAAAGUACGUGAAAUGUUGGGACGUAUUCUUGCGCCACAAGUAGUUCGUGUCGGUCCAACCGAAGCUGACAUUGCCUGGCAACAACUGGAUACUUCGGAGGCUGCCGCUCCUGGAGGUCCGUUCCCUCAGAUCGAUGCCUCUGAAUUCACCUAUCAAAUCGUGCUAUUUGAGAAUCAUGGUAGAUUCGUUAGUACGUACAGAUGCGAGACGGAGACCGGCAACAAACUGCGUCUUUGUCAGCUUCGUCCGAAUACCGAUUAUUACGUGCAGUUGAAGGCUUGCCUUGAAGAACGUGGUUUGGUCGGUGAACCGAGUCAACCAGUAUGCUUCAAGACAGCACCAGGUCGACCAGAAGCACCUCUAAUGUUCCGGUGUGUUUCGCGCGGAAUCGAUCAUCUUGUUGUUGCUUGGCGACCGCCCAACGAUAAUGGCGCAAGCAUAUCUAACUAUACUGUGUACAUUAGUAAGCCGUCGGAUGAUGUUGGUGAAAAGGUAUGGGAGGGUAGGCUAUGUGAGGCACGUAUCACCAACCUACGACCUGCCACCUCGUACAGGCUUCGAGUGACGGCAGCCAACCGUAUUGGUGAAAGUUCUGAAGCGCCUCCGAUUGUUGUCACGACACGAAGUGAUUGUCCUCCACCUGCUCCUCCUCCACCAAAUGUGGUUUCUGUGAAUGCUCGUUGCGUGAAACUAGCUUGGAGUAAUAAUCCUGAAUGUACUUAUACGGUUGAGAUGCAUGAUGUUGCCGCUGGACCAAACGCUAUAAGUGUCGUUAAGGAUCGUGUAGGUGGUGCUAGUGCACAAAUUAUGGACCUGAAAGCCGGUUGCGAAUACCGCUUCCGAGUAAUCGCACACAAUGCUGAAGGCGAGUCACCACGUUCCGAAUGGACGUACGUACGCAUGACAGGCCGUGGCACUCCUGAUCGGGUUCUGGAACCCACGAAGCCAGUGGCUGUAGCUCGAGGCCGUAACAAGUUUGAUGUAUCGUGGAAGUGCCCUGGAGCAAAGGAUCGCGAAUUCACAUAUGUGCUGGAGGGCUCUACAGCAAACCAACCCAAUCGUUUUCGCGUUCUGUAUCGUGGACCGCUUAGUACUCAUACAGUAACCGAUGAGGAUAUUGUUCAUCUACGUGUCCAGAGUAUAAACAGGAAGAAUGUUGCGAGUGAUUUCUCCGAAGUAAUCACGCUGGUACGUGAGCCUGAGCUGAUAAUCACAAAGCCAUCUCAACUAUCCUCUCCGGCUAUUGAAGGUUUCGGGAAAGGAGCCGUUCGCGUGUCAUGGACUGUACCUAAAACUGUGAUUCCUCCAACGGCCACAUUGAUGUUCGAAGUCCGGCGCAUCGACGACAAAAGCGAGAUCGUUUAUUCUGGAUCAGAGCCCAGCUGUCGAUUGGAAGGUCUGUCAAGCCGACAACACGUUGAGGUUCAGGUUCGCGCAGUCGUCAUCGCUCAGGAUGGUUCACGUCAUGAAGGCGAUUGGAGUCCGGUUACUGGUGGCAACGCUCCCCGGGAUGCGCCAAACACACCUACUGAAUUGGCGAUUAACAGCGAGAGGACGAUGUUGACGUGGAAAGCUCCGGAAUCGUCGCCAGAUAUCCGUUAUCGCGUUCACUGCAGUCAAGUGAUGACUGGUCACGAGACCGAAGAGACCGUAAGCGAGACGGGAGAAUGUCAUUACUCGUUAGCGUUACUCGAUCACGCUAAGCAGUUCACAUGCAGGGUGUCUGCUUUCCAUGACGGUGGAGAAUCGCCUUUGUCACAGCCGCUGGUUUUCACCACUCGUAGCGGAGCACCAGCCCAACCUGAUGGUAUCACCAUCGAAUCUGACGGAACCAGAGCACUGGUAAUUCGUUGGUCCGUACCUGAUUGUCGCGGCUCGCCAAUAACACAGUAUGUGCUGCGAGUUGAAACUAAGAGCGAGAUGGUUCGUGAAAUUUCCAUCACUCCACCGGCCAGUUCGGGUUCAUGCGAAUACCGUAUAGCGGAUCUGCAAGCGGAUACUGAUUACCGAGUGGAACUGUCAGCUGAAAAUGCUGUUGGAUGUGGUAUAGCGGCCGCAAUCACUGGACGAACUCGUCCACCUCCUCCAGAUCCGCCAAAGAUGGAAUGUGAAUGCGAUGCAACCAGCCUCCGUCUACGUUGGAAACCAUCUACGAAUCAUGGCCUUCUAACCUACAAAGUCAUUCGCCUCGGUGAAGGGGACAAGGUCAUCUCGGUGUAUGAAGGCGACUUGUGUAGUACACGUAUUAAAGGACUCGUGGAGAACACCGAAUAUCGAUUCCAGAUCAGAAGCACUGAUCGGCACACUGGUGCCGGCCCAUGGUCAUCGGUGUAUGCAUUCCGAACAGCGCUCAGUCCACCACCAGCUGUCAAGGGACCACCGACAGCAACACCAAGCGGUGAUGGCUACUACCAACUUGAAUGGUCAUCGGUCAUCACAAAGCCGAACACGAAGAAAUGCUUUUAUCGUCUGCAAGCCGUUGAUUGCUCUAUAGAUAAUGCUAAGUGGAUGACGGUCUAUGAAGGCACCCUUCCUUCUCAUACCCUACGUCUUUCCGAUUAUCCGUCAGCAGUGCAGGCUCGUGUAAUGUGUGUACGACCAGAAGGUGACAGUGAAAUCUCUUCACCGCCCAGUCCAAUCGUGUACAUGGCGAACCUCCCGCUGGAUAAUGAUGUUCAGCCUAUCCAAGAGAAGAAAGUCGAUACAAUUCCAGUUGUGCGCUGGUGGACAAUGCAAUGCAGUUUGACCACUAUCAUGGUGGUGCUUUUCAUUGUCGUCUCAUUCACAAUGGCGUUAUUCUUCGACUCAAUGUUCAAUUUGUACGUACCACCAAAUACCGUUCAUGGUGUACGCGAAGAUAGUACUGGUUCACAUGAAUCACCACGUACAACAUAA